AUGGCUCCCUUAAGUCCGUCUAUCGACGAGGCUAAAAACGCGGCCUCGACGCUGCUAUGGCAGGUCUAUCACCGUCGCCCGCGAUCCCGACGAGCCAAGUCGAUCGCCUUCUCUGCCCUUACAAUCCUAUUAUUCCUAUACAUGCUCUUGCCAUCAUCAAGGCAACCCGAGCCCGAUUUCUGGACAAAAUUCCCGUCGCGCCACCCUUUCCCUGAGCGCCCGGAAGAUGCGCAGGUCGUUCUUCCUCAAAAGUCAGGCAUUUCGAUCAACAAGUCCCUCCCGCACGACCUGGAGAAGCCCAAUCCUUACCUCCAUGUCCUCGUCCAUGCCCCGAAAACGCCUUUUGUCCCAUCGCAAACCCGCGGUGUCUGUCGCACAUUGACAUCUGCGAUGAUCCUGGGAUACCCGCCUCCGACAUUACUCGGAUACGGACACGAAAAUGCUCACAAAACCGAGUUCGAGCGCAUGAUUGACCGGAUCACUCGCGUGCGCAAUUACCUCAAGAACAGCAAGACCAUCAACGAUCACGAUUUUGUGUUGGUUGUGGAUGCUUUGGACGUGUUUUUUCAGCUGCCCCCUCAGAUUCUGGUUGAACGAUUCCAGAACAUCUUGCGCACGAACAACAAGAAGUUGCAGAAGAAGUAUGGUUUCGCGGCCGUGCAGAACACACUGGGGGGGUCCAGUGGCGACGGUGCAAAACGAGUUCUGUUCGGUGCCAGUAAAGUCUGCUACACCGGAUUGGAAAGCGAUCCCGGUUGCGUGUCCGUCCCGGAGUCCUCUCUGCCCCCGGACGUGUAUGGAUGGAAGACGGACCAUUACCAUGAUGGACAUUUGAACCGACCUCGAUGGUUGAACCCGGGAACCGUGAUUGGCCAGGCUGCUGAUCUGAUAAUGAUCUAUGAUGAGGUCCUGCGGUUGCUCCAUCAGCAGCACAAGAAGAAUGGCGAUUACCAGGCUCUCACGCAAAUGUUUGGACGGCAGGAAGUGGUGAGAGAGCUGGAGCGUCGCCGAACCGCUAGCUGGCCUGUGGAAAUGUUCUCCAAUCUCCUGGGCAUUGGGUAUGGAACCAACAUCUCGGGUAUCAGUGUGCGGUUGGAGACGGGACAUCGUUACGAGUACGGCAUCGGCGUGGACUACAAGUCCGAGCUAUUCUUCAACCAGAUUAUAUCCAAAAGCGAUGUUGAAUGGCUCAAGUAUAGUAACGUUACCAAAUCUGAGCGCCUACAGAUGGAGAUGGCUGUUCCCCGCGAGUCUCGUCUUCUCCUUCCAGAUGAUAUCGCAGCCCUCCCGGGUCCAUUCAACCAGACUCGUUUCGCAAAAGAGCUCACAACGCAUCCUGAAUGGAACUCUACUCUCGACAAAUUACCCAACCCAAGCACCCACUCCUGGCACACUGUGCCUCUCAUGACGAACGGCCACUCUGCCACCAUUCCAGUCCUCGCACACCUAAAUGGCGACUCCAAACUCCGUAAUACAUGGUGGGAGAAUAUGUGGUUCUUCCCUUGGGCGCGCGCCUUACUCCGGAGAUACGUCCGCUCCGCACACGGCUUCGACGCUGCACAAUCCGCGCUUUUGGGCGGCCAAGACUGGUGGGAUAUGCGCGGCGGACGAGGCGGUAUCUGGACCGACGACGAGACCUGGGUUCCCUUUUCUGAGAUCUGCGAAGGCCAGGAGCGUGAUCUUUUCGAUGAUGACUUGGGUCCUUGGGGGAAGGAAAACAGUGAUCCAGACGAACCGGUCUACAACAAAUUUGGAAACUUGAUCUACGGGAUAGAGCCCGAGGGAGUUCCUGAAAAGGGUUAG